AACUGCUCUAUAAUAGACAGAUGCUUUUAAGCCAGUUGUGAGGCAGGCAUGCAAGGUUCCAUUUUUAUUGAAAGAAACAACAAACAAUUCAGGGAACGGCACACCAGAAGGAAGCCCAGUUUGCUACUGUGCAUAAACUGAGCUGUGCCACUUUCUGGUGUGAACAGGCCUCUCUGAAUUAGCAGCAGGCUCAUCUAAAUGUUUCUGUUCUUGAGGAAGGGAGCUGAUUUCUGCCCGGUGCAUUAACCAAAGUGUUGUUUACUCAGUCUUUCAUAAAGCAAUGCAGAGUUAGAGGUUUGUAGCCUUACCUGGAAAUCUAUUAUGCCUCUAUAUCUGCUGCAGAGAAUGAAGAAGAGAGAGAGGACAGAUCUAGUAAUCCUACCAGACCUCUCUGGCUGUGUGAGUGAUGUGCAUUUAGCAACACAGACCACGAGUUGUCAGACUGGGAUUUGGGGUCAAGGGUAGCAGAGAGGUGGGCGGCCACGCUGGAGUGGAUAGAAGAAGGGCAGGAAAUAAGAAGAAUGGGAGUGCACACACAUGCAGGUGUUCGCCUUUACCCCUCGAGUGCUUCAUGUCAAGAAUGCUGCUUCAGUUUUGCAACAGAGGACACUCUAAUGUAUGUUGUAGAGGAGUGCUCUGUCCCUUUAGAUGUAAAAAAACAAAACACUGUAGCUCAGUAAGCAGGGCCUGUUCUGACAUCUAGUGGCCAUAAGCUGGAACAAAGAUAUUUAUCAAAGACGCCAGAGUUUGCUGAUGGACGCUUGUUCUAGCUCUGCACUGACCUGCACGUGUUUAGGUAAAACAGUGCAGCAGAGGAAGCUUGUAACACUGAAACUACCCGCACAUGUCCCUGUGAACUUUGGGACUUAAUGGAUACCUCAUGGUGUGAAAGUAACAGGUUCGGUGGUUUUUGUAUUUUCAAGGCAUGUGAGAAACUUUAUCGUCUCGAUUCUUCUGCAACUAAAACCAAAACCACGUGGCAAAAUGUGCCAGAUGGUGGGGAGCUGCUCCUCACCAGCAGUGGUACACUACCAGUCAACAGAAAGGAAGCAUCUUCUCAUUCAAUGCUUUUUAUCUAUUUGUAUUAUUUUAUACAUUGUAGAUUAAGACUGAAGAUUAACACUUUUUUUGUUUACAAGGUAAUUACAAAUGUAUCCUUUUAUAUUUUUGAUGUCUUCAGUAUUAAUCUACGAUGUAUAAAAUACUGAAAUAAAAAACACUGAAGGAGAAGGUGUGUCCAAACUUGUCCAAAAGAAAAAGAAAGUAACUCAGUUCUGCCCUUUUUAAAGUUUCAGAGGAGUAAAUGCACCUACACCAUGUAUCAGUCAAGCUGUGAUACACAGCAGAUUAAAAGAAGGAAGUACAGCAUCUGAUACGGGAAGCGGAUGAGUGCUUGCAUUUCUGUAACAACUUCAGGACUCAAAUUGAGGCUGCAUUUACACUCAGCGGGGUCGAUGUGUGCAUGCAAAGUGCAUUUCCUCAGUGUGCUGUGACCAGAUCAUCUGCUUUAGAAACUAUCAACAUAUUAGAGGUAAGAAGAACCGACAUCUGCCUCCACUCUAGUCUGUGAUCCUAAAUUAACCUCUCUGACUUCUGUUAUUUUGCUUCUUAACCACAUCUGUGGCCAACACUGUCUGUCCUAAGAUUUGGUUCAGUUGCUAAGGAACUUUGUGACGUAAUAAACGGUAGAAAAACACUCACAUGUAAGAGGGCUGAGCUUCCUCUUCCCCUCAUCACCCUACCUAAGAAACCGAGAGACAGUCGGGUCUGAGAACAGCCCACACGAAACCGCGCCACCUCAUGCAUCGACACAUCACUGGUGGGGUUAAUGCUGACUUCACAUGUACGCACUUACAAGUUGUUGUGUUGUUUUUUUUAGCCGCAGAAGCGCGAGUUGUUUGUUGCUGCACAGCUUGAGAAGGACAGCACGUCUGCAGGAGGGUGAAGCUGCUGGAGAAUGUGUUCACUCCUGGCUCUGACCUCUCACCUGCGUCCAGGCUGAUGAUUUAGGGAGAAGAUACAGAAACGAAAGAUGGUUUUGGGUCUCUGGUUAAUUCAGUAAUGCCAUCACUAUCUGUAUGAGAGAAACAAUGAAUCCUCUGAACACAUCUGGACGACUGGAUCAGCUGCCGCCCGACUCGUCCUCAUCAGGAUGCAAUGACAACUUAAACAGCUGGGAGGAAGCCAUGAACAAGAUGUACACCUACUUCUACCUGUUGCUUUUCAUCCCCGGACUGCUGCUCAACACCACAGCUCUCUGGGUCCUCUGCAGACACAUAAGCAAGAGAACGAAGGCGGUGAUCUUCAUGAUAAACCUGGCUCUCGCAGACUUGGUCCACAUCCUGUCGCUGCCCCUCAGAAUCUAUUAUUACUUCACCCACAGCUGGCCCUUUGGACCGUACGUCUGCAUGUUCUGCUUCUACCUCAAAUACCUCAACAUGUAUGCCUCCAUAGUGUUCCUGGUGUGCAUCAGCAUGCAGAGGUGUGUCUUCCUGCUCGAUCCAUUCGCUGCUCGCCGAUGGAGGCGGCGCUAUGACCUGCUCAUCAGUCUUGUGGUGUGGGUGGUGGUUGGUCUGGCCUGCUCGCCAUUUAUUCUGAUGCGCAGCGGCAGCAACAGCAGCAGCCUCAACUCAGCCAGCAACAUGUCUGAUUCUCUGGAUGCCACUCCCACCCAUGUACCUCUGGUUUUCACCAAGUUCUUCGAACAAACUUUGAGCACAAUUCCCAGUAAAUUAACGACAAGCGACAGUCCGACUGCGAGCAAACCGACCUGUUUCAAAGACCUGCCUACACGUCAUGUGUCGCUCCCUCAGGCGAUCAGCAUCAUAGCAUUUGCCCAGCUCUUUGGUUUCCUGAUCCCUUUGGCCUGUAUCUUGUACAGCUCCAUCCGCAUCACCCAGUCCCUCAACCAGAAGCAGGCCCAGGAUCAGCAGAACUCCCUCAACCCCUCGGCACGCAACCGCCUCCAGUCAGUCAACUCCACCUGCCAGUCGAAUAAAUACCAUGUAAAGCAGACGAACAGCGAAAAGCGGCGAGCCCUGCGGAUGGUGCUGAGUUGCUGCAGUCUCUUUCUGCUCUGCUUCGCCCCGUACCACCUCAACUUCCUGCUCUACAUGAUGGUGCAGCAGGACAUCGUGUCGCACUGCGCCACCAGGGUGGCCGUCCAGCAGUUUCACCCGGUGUCUCUGUGCCUGGCCAGCAUGAGCUGCUGCCUCAAUCCUCUUCUUUAUUACUUCCUGACGGCCGAAUUCAGGAUGCAUCUGAGCAGACGAACCUCCUCCUUCUCCUCCUCGCUCCUCUCCUCCCCAGUAAACUCCCCAAAACAGAGUUCUCUGCCACACAGACUAAUGAGCAUGGAGAGUAGCUGCUCGGACAGGGAGUAGCAUUAGUCUGUUUUCCUCCCUCUGGGAACUUUAAAACAGACUGACAAGCUGGACAAGAUCAUUUCACAGCUGUCUGAAACCACCCCCAAAAGCUUUGAGUUCAAUUUGAAGAUCCUGCUUUAGAAUAAACAAAUUCUAAAAUGAUAUAUGCCUGCAUUUCCUGCUUUAUCAUAAUAGCUGCCUAAUGCUGGAUGUGUUGUUUAUCUGUACACAUUUCUCAGUGAAAUGCAGCAAUGUUAAAUAAGCUACACCCAUAAAAGCUGUGUGUGAUUUACUGUAAAUAAAAGCUCUGCGUUUG